AUGGAGAGCCGACACCUCGAGCUCGCAGAAGCAAGAUGGUUUUUGUCAAAGAUUCAGGAUGAUUUUAGAGGUGGAAAAAUCAGCGUUGAAAUUACUCACAAACUGCUUGAGAGACUUGAUUUCCCAUGCCACUUUGCUCAUGUGAAACAUAUUUUUAAGGAAAAUGACAGAGAGAACCAAGGAAGAAUCACCAUUGAAGAGUUUAGAGCCAUUUAUCGGUGUAUUGUACAUAGAGAAGAGAUUACUGAGAUUUUCAACACGUAUACUGAAAAUAGGAAAAUUCUUUCUGAGACCAGUCUGAUUGAGUUUCUAACCCAGGAACAGUAUGAGAUGGAGACAGAUCAGUACGAUUCAGGGGAGAUCAUCCAGAAAUACGAGCCCAUUCAAGAAGUAAAGAAUGAAAGGCAGAUGUCAAUUGAAGGUUUUGCAAGAUACAUGUUUUCAUCAGAAUGUCUACUGUUUAAAGAGAAGUGUAGAGCCGUGUACCAAGAUAUGAAUCACCCAUUAAAUGAUUAUUUUAUUUCAUCAUCUCACAACACGUAUUUGAUAUCUGAUCAAAUAAUGGGACCAAGUGACAUUUGGGGAUAUAUAAGUGCCCUCGUGAAAGGCUGCCGCUGUCUGGAAAUUGACUGCUGGGACGGAGCACAAAAUGAACCCAUCGUGUACCAUGGUUACACUUUAACCAGCAAGCUCCUCUUCAAAACUGUUAUCCAAGCAAUAAACAAGUACGCCUUCGUGACAUCUGAUUACCCAGUGGUGCUGUCCUUAGAGAAUCACUGCUCCCCUGGCCAGCAGGAAGUGAUGGCCGACAUUCUGCAGAGCACCUUUGGAGACUUCCUGCUCUCCGACAUGCUUGACGAGUUUCCAGACAGACUGCCGUCUCCAGAGGCACUAAAAUUCAAAAUAUUAGUGAAAAACAAGAAAGUAGGAACCUUAUCCCAAACCCGUGAGAGGUUGGGGACCGACAAAAAGGGAGAAGUGCUAGAGUGGGAAGAAGAGAUCUAUGAAAAUGAUGAUGAAAACACAGUAAAGGAGCCAGAAACAUGGGAUGUCUUCCUAUCAAGGGUCAAGGAGGAGAAGGAGGCGGACCCCUCAACACUGAGUGGAAUAGCAGACGCCAAGAAAAGGAUCAGGAAGCUAAGAAUAGCUCUGGCCUUAUCUGAUCUUGUCAUUUAUACUAAGGCUGAGAAGUUCCGAAGCUUCCAAUAUUCAAGAGUCUAUCAGCAAUUUAAUGAGACCAAUUCUAUUGAAGAGACUCGAGCUCGAAAACUUUCAAAAUUGAGAGUCCAUGAGUUUAUUUUCCACACCGCUGCAUUCAUCACCAGAAUAUACCCCAAAGUAAUGAGAGCAGACUCUUCUAAUUUUAACCCUCAAGAGUUUUGGAAUGUAGGCUGUCAGAUGGUGGCUUUGAAUUUUCAAACCCCUGGAAUGCCAAUGGAUUUGCAAAAUGGGAAAUUUUUGGAUAAUGGAGGCUCUGGGUAUGUUUUGAAGCCAGACAUCCUUAGAGACACAACUCUGGGCUUUAACCCAAACGAACCGGAAAAAGAUGGCCAUCCAAUUACCCUCACAAUCCGAAUCAUCAGUGGGAUCCAGUUACCUGUUAGUGAGCCCUCUAACACAGCAGACAUAAUAGUGAUCAUAGAAGUCUAUGGUGUUCCAAACGACCAUGUGAAGCAGCAGACUCGUGUCAUUAAGAAUAACGCUUUUAGUCCAAAGUGGAAUGAAACAUUUACAUUUCUUAUUCAAGUGCCAGAAGUGGCAUUGAUACGUUUUGUUGUUGAAGCUCAACAAGGCUUCCUAUCAGGAAAUGAAUUACUCGGGCAGUAUACUUUACCAGUUCUUUGCAUGAACAAAGGUUAUCGUCGCGUUCCUCUGUUAUCCAAAUCCGGUGGGAACCUUGACCCUUCUUCACUGUUUGUUUACGUUUGGUACUUCAGAGAGUGA